GAAAUUUUGACAGCUAUAAUUUCACACUCACAUUUCGCCUAAUCACAUUUACUUUUUAACUUGCCUGUCGAAUUUAAGGGAAUAACCACAACCAGAGCCAAAAUGCCGGACGCAGUGCAGCAGAGUUUCGUGCGAAGCUUCAUCGACUACCUAAAGAAGCAGGUGGACGUCAUGUCGCCGGACCAGAGCGAAAGCAUCGAGGUGGCGAUCCAGUGCCUACAGGCGGCCUUUGACGUGGGCGAUGUGGAGGCGGCGCAGGACGCCGCUGGCCAGGAGCAGGCCACCACACAGAGCAGCACAUCGAGUGCCCCAGGCGGCGAUGCGCUGGCCAGCGGGAGCGCCGGCCUCGCCCCCAAAAACAUCGACAUGUUCGAGCUCUUCCAGUCGCUGUAUAUCGAACGCAAUCCGGAAUCCCUGGCCCUGGCCGAUUCCAUCAAGAACGAGGGCAACCGUCUGAUGAAGGAGUGCAAGUACAACGAGGCCCUGCUGCAGUACAACAGGGCCAUCGCCUUCGAUCCCAAGAACCCGAUCUUUUACUGCAACCGGGCAGCGGCCCACAUUCGACUGGGCGACAACGAGCGCGCCGUCACGGAUUGCAAGUCCGCCCUGCUGUACAACACCAACUACAGCAAGGCGUACUGCCGUCUGGGCGUUGCGUACUCCAACAUGGGUAAGUUCGCGGAGGCGGAGCAGGCUUAUGGCAAGGCCAUCGAGCUGGAACCGGACAAUCCAGACUACAGGAACAACCUGGAGGUGGCCAGGAAUGCCAGGAAUCAGCCACCGCAGCUGUCGCAUCUCACAGACGGCCUGAACGCCAUGCUGGCCAAUCCCACGGUGAGGAAUCUGUUCAGCAGCGCUGAGAUCGACUUGGAGCAGCUGCAGUCGAUGACCCAGAAUCCGAUGGUUAUGAAUACGAUUGGCCAGCUGUUCGCCAAUAUGGGCCAGCCAAAUGCUGGUGGAGCUGCUCCUGGUGCCGGUGGCGCCCCUGGAGCUCCAGGCGGUGCUCCACCGCAGAUCCCGGCCAUGCCCAACGACAUGCUGCAGCUGUUCCAGAGCUUCGCCAGCCAAUUGGUGGGCGCCCAGCAGCCAGGCGGUGGACCCAAUCCCAAUGCCAAUCCUGGCAACGGACAGCAGCCGGGAAAUCAACCACCGCCAAGCAUCUAGUGGGCUGGCAAUCCGAGCCAGAACCGGCGACAACACAUACACACAGAUUAAGUUUUUAAGCUGAAACUAUAAUUACUGUAUUUUUAAUGUUUAAAAGGCUUCUAUUACGCAUAUACAUAUAUAUAUAUAUUUUUAUUAAUGGUAAUAAAUAUAUACGUGCAAAACACUGCGAGCCUUGCAAGUG